GGCAGAGAGCCACAGAAAAUCGCAAGAAAACUUUUCCUCUCCUCCUUAUAACAUUCAACAAGAAAGGAAAAAAAAAAAAAUCCUAAUGGACCAUCUCGGACUUGUCCUCCUAAUUUCCGCCGCUCUGAACCCCCUGAUCUGCUGCUGCUACUGCCUGAACUCCUCCACAUCAAAAACCCAUCAAAACCAAUCAUUCAUAGACCAGAUACUCGAGCUUGCAAAUGAACCCGACGCUGUGAGCUGGGUGAGGAGCGUGAGGAGAGAGAUUCACAGGAACCCGGAGCUGGGCUACGAAGAAUUCGAAACGAGCGCUCUUAUCAGGCGGGAGCUUGACCGGCUGGGGGUGGAGUACCGGUGGCCGGUGGCCGAGACCGGGGUUGUGGCCGCCAUUGGGUCCGGCUCGCCGCCGUUCGUUGCUCUUAGAGCAGAUAUGGAUGCUUUGCCCAUUCAGGAAAUGGUGGAGUGGGAGCACAAGAGCAAAAUAGAUGGAAAAAUGCAUGCCUGCGGACAUGAUGCUCAUGUCGCUAUGCUCCUUGGAGCAGCAAAAGUACUUCAAGAACUCCGACACGAACUGCAGGGCACUGUGGUUCUUAUAUUUCAACCGGCUGAGGAACGAGGUCAAGGUGCAAAAGACAUGAUACAGGAAGGUGUGCUCGAAAACGUAGAAGCCAUAUUUGGGCUGCAUGUUGUCCAUAAGUAUCCUAUUGGUACCGUUGCAGCAAGGCCAGGAGAGUUUCUAGCUGGCUGUGGUAGUUUUAAAGCAAAGAUCAGCGGGAGAGGAGGUCAUGCUGCAAUUCCACAGCACUCCAUUGAUCCCAUCUUGGCGGUUUCUACGUCUGUAAUUAGUUUGCAGAAUAUUGUUUCGAGGGAGACUGACCCGUUAGAUUCUCAGGUGGUCUCUGUAGCAAUGAUCCAUGGGGGUACUGCAUUCAAUGUAAUUCCAGAUUCUGCCACAAUAGCUGGUACUUUCAGAGCAUUCAGCAAGAAAAGCUUCUAUGCACUUAGAGAAAGAAUAGAAGAGGUUAUAAAAGCGCAAGCGGCUGUACACCGGUGCUCAGCUGACAUAGACUUCGUUGGAAGGGAACAUCCCACGCUUCCACCAACUGUAAAUGACGAAAGAAUAUAUGAACAUGUACGACAAGUUUCAAUUAUGAUUUUAGGGGAGGAAAGUGCAAAAUUAGCUCCUAGCUUCAUGGGUAGUGAAGAUUUUUCAUUUUACCAAGAAAAAGUUCCUGGCUCCUUCCUUUUACUGGGCAUAAGAAACGAGAAAGCUGGAUCAAUUUAUCCUGUACAUAGUCCUUACUUUACCCUAGACGAGGACGUUCUUCCGACCGGAGCAGCAAUACAUGCUGCAUUUGCCUAUUCAUACCUUCUAAACUUGGCAAGAAACCCCAACCCCAUUUCUAGAUCUUAGAGGUUGUACCAAUAUGCUCAGUUAUUAGUCUCUCCCUUGGAACAGUUUGAUUUUGCAUCCCAAGAUCACCUUACUUGGGCCCCAAAAUGUGGGAUUUAAAUUUGACAAGGGAGGUUGUUAGGGAAAUGACAAACUUAUUGUUAUCGGAGAUAAAGAGAAAGUGUAUAGGGUGUUAAUCAACCCUAACACACAGUCUUUAUAUUUAUAUUAAAUGAUAACUCCUUACACGGCUUAGCUAA